AUGUUCUGGCCUACCUCAAUAAGCCAGUUUCAUAAGUUACCAGAAGUUGAAUCGCUAGAGGAAUUGGGAAAAUCGAAUCCAGACCACACCUAUAAGCCCAACCCACAUGAAGACGAUAUUGUUAACAUUUUGACGAACUAUUCAAAUGGACUACCUUAUGUCGUUAUUACUUAUAGAUCAAUUUAUUUAUUUGAUUGGACACAUAAAGCCCCUGUGAAUGUUCAUAUAAGGUCAGAUUUUUCUGUCGAAAAAUUUGGCUCUAAUCUUACCGUCAAACUAUCGCCAAACCAGCAGACAUAUGCUGUGUUGACAGAUAAAAACGUUAUUUUGGUGUACACUAUUAAAGCCACUGGAAGUGAUAGUGAACUUUUAGGUGUUUACUCCAAAAGUGGGACAAUAAUACAAAACGGCUACCCAUUGACGGAGUAUGAAGAUGAUCCUUAUGUAUAUGGAGGAGUGAACUCGAAAUUUAGUUCGAAGGCAGGAGAUCAAAAGAACGGUAUAGUGAAAAAUAUCAUAAGCACAUUUAUUGGGAUUGAUGGAAAUGAAGUCCCAAUUGUUGAUCUGGGUCUUCGUUUGAAACUAAUUUUGAAUGUUGCAAGUCCGAUUGUCCAAUACUGUUUUAUUGGUAGUAUGGAGUUAAUGCUGAUCAAUUCAAACCCUCAUGCUUUUCAAAUAAUACACUUGAACUCCAAGAAUUCCAUUGACAAAUUUACCUCGAGCGAUAAUAACCAAAGUUCUACUGAAUCUAGCAACGAGAUCAAUUUCAUUUUGGCAGAUGAGCUAGACUGGUUCCAAGCUCCAGAAAUCAACAACAAAAGCGAAAUAUCAGAUAUGAACUAUAACUAUGACUUAGACUGCUUUCUCUGGUAUAACAAACAAGGCGAUGUACUACUUGUCAAACGAACUGGGAGUACUGGAGACUUUGAGUUAUCUGCAAAGUGCGUGUACAAAUGUGAAACCAAUAAUGAAAAAGCCAUUGAAGGGAUUAUCAACCACUUCAAAAACGUUUGCUACAUAUUAUUAGAAAAUGGAAAGUUGUUGAUAUACAAGCUAAACGAUGAUUUGACAUGUAAGCUACUCAAGACAGUUGACAAAUGUAUUCCAUCGAAAACUCCGAAAGCACUAUACUUGAGCCCUCAAGGAGACUCAAUUAUUGUAGUGUAUGAUAAUGGCUGGAACAUUUAUUCAGCCUUGGGGAACCAAAAUUUUUCCACUUUUGAAUAUGACCACUUUUCACUAUCUCACAUCAAGAAGCUUCAGUUUUUAAGCGAGAGAGAGUUAUUAGUGGUUAAUCAAAACAAUGAAAUUAUUUUUAUAGACCUCACAGUUUACAAUAUUGGUCAGGGGUUUAACUCUUUAUCAAUAAAAAGACCAAUCCUUUAUGACAAAGACAAAAUAAUGGUUUUCAAGGCAUACGAAAAGAAACUAGUUGACCACCACCAUUACAAUUACAAUGUGAAUGAUGUUACUAAUAGAGAUACCGAUGUUUGGUUGAGCGAAAUGCUACCAUUAAGAUUCAGGAUCAAUAAUAAUAUCAUUCGAUCAUGCUCAGUCAGUGAUGACGGCAAUAAUGUUUGUAUUAUUGGAAAUUAUGAUGUGAUUGUAUUUAGCAGUUUCUCUCGUAGAUGGAAAUUCUUAGAGAUUCCUCAAGAAUCUGCAACGUUUGAGAAAACAGAAAUACCCAUGAAGAAGUGUUCCUGGUGGAGAGAUUAUCUUAUUGUUGGGUCAUCCAGUGGAAAGGAGAAAAAGAAAUCUGAAGUCGUUAUAUUUUCAGACAGAAUUUUGUCUGAAGCUGAGAGUUUUUGUUUUGAUUUCAUUGUGUGGAGCUUCAAUUUGGAAGAUACAUCCUUUGAUGAGGUUUUCCUUGAUUUUAAUGUCGAUAUUUACAAUGACCAAUUACUUGUAAUGACCAAUGCUUUGAAUUGCUACACAUGGAGGCUUAAGUUGAAAACAAGUGCAACGACUAAAGUUGAAGGAGAUCACCAAAUCAAAAAAAGCACAAUGCAUGAUUCUUCAUUAACCUCUUUGAAGUCAUCUAUAACGUUGGAGAAAUCUACCGUUUACCAAUUAAAAACUUGUUUCAAAGAAUCGGAUGAAUCAAUAGCCCUCAAUUAUGGAACUGUAUUAAAAAUCACAGACACGGACAUUCUCUUUCUCACCAAUACUGACCUAUACUAUAUUAGAAGGGAGAGAACUCCUGGUAGUAUGUCGUUUGCCUAUGUGACUUACUUAAUAAGUAGUUGCGUUGAGUACGUGCACAAGCUAAAUAACAGUUUGAUAUGUCUAUUUGAUGGAUCACAACUGAUACACUACAACUUGAGCGACAACAUCAAUCUACUGAAGUUAAAGCCUAUCAGAAUCAGCAUAGGCAAUGAUAUCAGCCAAAAUGACGGUGGGGGUUACUCUGUUAAAUAUACCGGAACUUGCCCAUAUCCAAUUACCACAAUAUCGUUUCAAAAUAUAAUGUUUGGUAUUGAGAUUGAUUGUUUCAACAAAUUGAAGCUCAAGCUGGAAACCAGCAGAAGGAAUUAUCUCACUGAUUUGGUCAAUCACUACAUUUUAUCCAACAUUUCUGUGAAAAACCUCGAAGAUGAUUCUAACGCCAUGAACAUCACUACUGUUUACGGGAAAUUUUCAAAGUUUAAAAACUUCAAGUUUGUCCUCGAAAAAUUGAUGGUGGAUUAUUUACAGAACUGCUACGAGGAUCCGAAAUUUGAUUCGGACAAUGAUUAUUUUAACCGAAUUUACUCGUUGAUCAAUCUGACAGGGAACUCUUACGAGAUUGUUCUCAAUUGCUUGAAGAAAACAGAGACUCACUUUUGGCCAAUAUUCUUCAAGAAAUCAAACGAGACGCCGAGGUCUGUGGUCAAUAAGCUAUACACUGACUGUAAUGAUCAUAAAUUGAGUGCUCAUUUCUUUAUCAUCAUGUUAAACUACGAGAAAUAUGACUAUAGCAGUGAGGAUAACGAGUGUUACCCUGGAGAGAGCAAGCCCCAAACAUCCAAAAAAGAAUCAUGUAACAUUAGUGCUGAAGAUCAAGACCUCAUUUUCAAUAUUUUGAAAAGAUUGAUUCUCUCAGGGGAUUUCGAGACUUCGUUUGAGUUGGUCCGUUUUUUGAAGAUUGUCGAUGACAAAAUGACACAUAAGUGUUUAGUGAAGAUGAAAAAAUACUUGAAACUUGAUCAAUAA